AUGGUUCAUCUUCAAACACUCUCAGCUCAUCAAUUGUUGCACAAAAUGAUGACACCCGCCAGACGAACCCUCGCCGCCGUGCGCCCGAUCGCCCCGCGGCUGCUCCGUGCGAGGGGCAUCGCGACGAUGCCCUUCCGCCUGCCAGACCCGCGCAACGAGCCUAAUCCCCUCUAUACUCGCGGCUCACCGGAGCGUGCCCGAAUUGAGGCCGCCUUGACCGACCUGCGCGGCCGACUGCCCGUAACGAGCAACAUCUACCUCCAUGGAGCUGUGCAGCCCGCCAGCUCAUCAAUCACGCAGCCGCUCCCGGGCGAGCACGCAACGGCCUUCACAAAUUAUCCCCUGGCGUCGCGCGAGCAGGUGAAAACGGCGAUUGAGACGGCGCUGGCGGCUAAGCGCGAGUGGGAACAGACGCCGUUCGUGGACCGGGCAGCGAUCUUUCUCAAGGCCGCCGAGCUGGUGACGGGCAAGUACCGCUACGAGCUCAUCGCCGCGACCAUGCUGGGCCAGGGCAAGAACAUCUGGCAGGCUGAGAUCGACGCGGCGGCGGAACUGGCCGACUUCUUCCGCCUCAACUGCAAUUUUGCGGCGGAGAUCCUGGGGAAACAGCCAACGCGGGGGACAGACGGCAUGUGGAGUCGCAUGGAGUACCGCCCCCUCGAAGGCUUCGUCUACGCCGUGUCGCCCUUCAACUUCACGGCCCUCGGCGGCAGUCUCGUGUCGGGCCCGGUGCUGAUGGGCAACGUUGUGCUGUGGAAGCCGUCGCCGUCCAACAUCUACGCCAGCACGCUGAUCUAUAAGAUCCUGCUUGAGGCCGGUCUGCCGCCGAAUGUCGUCCAGUUCGUGCCUGGCGACGCUGCGGAGGUCACCGAACAGGUGCUGGCCCAUCGCGACUUUGCCGGCCUCAACUUCAUCGGCUCGUCUGCCGUCUUCCGUCAGAUAUACGCCCAGAUCGGCCAGGGCAUCGGGAACGGCACCUACCGCGAGUUCCCGCGCAUUGUGGGCGAGACCAGCGGCAAGAACUUCCACCUGGUGCAUCCGUCGGCCGACAUCCCCAGCGCCGUCAACCACACCAUCCGCGGCGCCUUUGAAUACCAGGGCCAGAAAUGCUCGGCCACAUCGCGUCUGUAUCUGCCCGAGUCGCGCGCCGAGGAGUUCCUCACGGCGUUGCGCGCCGGCGUCGAGCGCAUCACCGUCGGCAGCCCCGACGGCGAUCUGGAGGCCUUCAUGGGCCCCGUCAUCCACCGCGCAUCGUUUGACCGCAUCAAGGGCGUCAUCGAUGCCAGCAACGCGGAUCCAACGCUCGAGGUGCUGGCGGGGGGCACCUACGACGACUCCGUGGGCUUCUAUGUGCAGCCCACCGUCUACCGGGCGCAGUCGCCGGACCACAAGCUCUUCCAUGAGGAGAUCUUCGGCCCUGUUCUAGCAGUAUACGUCUAUCCUGACGCCGAGUACACCUCGCUGCUGGCCCAGAUCGACCAGGCCGGUGGUGGUUUUGCCCUCACCGGCGCUGUCUUCGCCGCAGAUCGUGUUGCCAUCCGCCAGGCGGAAGAUGCCCUGCGAUACUCUGCGGGCAAUUUCUACAUCAACUGCAAAACGACGGCGGCGCUGAUCGGCCAGCAAUCGUUUGGAGGCGCCCGUGCCAGCGGGACUAAUGAUAAGGCUGGCAGCUCGGACAUGCUGCGUCGCUUCACCAGCCCGCGCCUGAUCAAGGAGGAGUUUUUCCCUCUCGACCGGUUUACCUAUCCUAGCAAUGAGUAG